GACUGCUGGUUCCCGGCUGGUUGAGCCUGGUCCUCACUUCUGCGUGGAGGCCUAUUCCCUCUACCGCUGCAGCCUUCGUGGCUGGAACCUCUUGCCUGGCCAGGCUGAGGUAUCUCUGAUAGCUAUCGGGGAUCAGAUAGCUGUAAUACCGCUGCUGCUGGUAAAGCCUCAGAAAACAACGAGCUUGCAGAGUGCUGGAUUGACAUCGGAGCCUUCCUUCGGCUCGUUUGGGACAGCGCAGCGGCGGAGCGGCUUGAAUCCACAGCCCUUGCUCCGUGGGUGGAUCAGAUAGCCUGAUCUUCUCCCAGGCUCCUGGAAUUGCUUCACUAUUGGAGGCCUAUUCUUCUAAUAAAAGGAUUUACAGGCCCUUCAGAUGGCUUCCCAAAGGCCUGCCAGAACAUCCAAGCACCCCCCACAACAGGAGGAAUUCAGCUCCUCUGACCCGGUGCCUGCCAAGAGAAGCAGGAAGACCCACCAUACUUCCAAGGGGCCCAAGCCCUCCCAAUCUGCAGCUAUGUCAAAGGAAGAGUUCAAGCGCCACAAGGCUAUUGAAAAGGCCAUCCAGAAGGCCAUUCAAGCAGCUUCCUUACAGGAGAAAGUAUCUCUUAGCCCCCAUCCCUCUAGGGUGGUGACACCUUCAGCUAGCACUGUACCUCCUCCCACAGGCCCAGAACCUGCUGCUUCCCCUGCCCAGCCGCAGGGGGUAGAUAACCCAGGGCAGGCUCUCUCCCCUGCCUUAUCACCAGAUAGGGACUCUCCCUUGCCUGAAGGGUUGAAGGAAGUUAACGCAGCCUUAUUUGGGCCCCAACCUGAGGUUUCUUCUGCCCCUUCGCAGCCCCAGGGGAUUCCUGUACAGGUUUCCACAGCCUUGACUCCCCCUGCCCCGGCCCCUGAGCCCCAAAUAGCUCCAAACCUGGCUUCCUUUAUCCGAGAGGCCAUUAGGAUGGGUGUUAGGGAAGAAAUGCAGAGGACCUCUUCAUGGGUGUCCAGCCAUUCUUUUUCACAGGUGGAUGUUGAGGGCUCUAUUCUCUCUGUAGCAGAGGCAGCCCCUCAGGGUCCUGAGUCCCCUGCCCAGGCCAAGUCCACUGAUCAUUCUGAUAAGGAAUCCAUAUCCGCCCCUGAUCCUAUGGAUCAGGAUUUGUCUGAGGACGAAGACUUAGGCCCCGACCAACCAGCAUUUGUGGGGCUCUUUAAGCCCCAGCUCUUUCGUUCCCUACUCCACAAGGCCAAGGCCAUUACUGGUUUGGGCUCUUCUCAGGCCUCAUCUGUCAACACGGGGGAGGGUCCAUCCUCAUCUAUACCCCUCUUUGAAGUACCUACCAUUGAAUCUGAAGAAAUCCCGGGCCCCAAGAUUUUUCGGGAUGUUUUACAACGCCAAUGGGCGGCUCCGGCGUCUGGCCCCAGUCCCAAUGUCUUAGACAGACGUUUAUAUAAUUUGGCUCCUGAAUUAUCUUCUCUCCUGCAGGUCCCUUCUGUGGACCAGCCUGUGGCAGAACUAUCUGCCCCCACUAAUUUGACAGGGCCACCUGAGGAAGGCCUACGCCCGGAAGAUAGGCGCCUGGAACAUUCCCUUGUUAGAUCUCACCAGGCCACUGCCUGGUCAGUCAAGGCCUCCUUGGCCGCCUCCUUUUUUAACCGGGCCUCAAUUUUGUGGCUCCGCCAACUCCAGGCCAGGCUCCCUGUCUCCGAUUUAAGGGCCCAGCAGGACAUAAGCAAAAUCAUUGCAGCCCUAGAUUUUUCAGCGGAUGCAACUUUAAAUUCUUCCCGCUUCGCUGCUAAGGCCAUUGGCUCUUCCAUAGCUGCCCGGCGUCUACUCUGGCUUCGCCAAUGGCAAGCCGACGCCAAAUCUAAAUGGCGUCUAGCAUCUUCCCCCUUCGAAGGGCCCAAGCUCUUUGGAGCCCCUCUGGAGCCUCUCCUCAUAGAGUCCAAGGACAAACGCCGUAUUCUACCCAGCUUGUCUCGGCGUUCCGACUUCAGGUCUCAAUCUAAUUUCCGCCCUUUCAGGCCUUCAGAUGGGGGUUUCUCUGGGAGCCGUCGCCAACGGUUCCCCCCACCUAGGCAAUUUAGACCCCAGGACCGCCAAGGUCCUCCCCCUAGAGGUCAGUCCAGACGGCCCUUUCGAGGGAGCAGGGGGCGGGCGUUCCGUAGAUCACGCUGA